UUAAUUGUCUCAAAACAGCAGUGAAUCAGAAGAGCUAGUGCAGCAUCCAUUUUAGAGUUGAAAGAUCUAUAAUAUCUAUAUAGGGUAUUAUAUGCAAUGUCUUACUAUACAUUCAUAAUCAUACAUUCACUGCAGGGAAUUACUAUAAUGUCUUUGAGUAUACCCCAAUAUUUAAUCAGUAUAGGUCAGACAACAAUAACAGAUGGCCAUGCCAUGUGGUUAUGUUGUUGAACUGGCUUUAUAUGCAGUGGUUUUCCAUACCUUUGCAGGCUAUACUCCAAGAGCACUGCAACCACAAUGUAGUGAAUAGCCGCUAAAUGUUCCAGGUGUCUCAUAUUUUGUCUGACUGAAGUGAUGGUAGCUCUGAUGGUAGCUCAGCUAACUUGUUGCUUGGUUCAUUGUGACAAAAUGAUAUGAGCUAAAACUUGUAUGUAUAGCUAUAGGGAGCGGAGGGCCUAUAUUUACUAGGCUCAAAAUUGGAUAUUUCCGAAAGCAGCUUGUUGACCUCAAGCAUUAUAAUUAUAGAAGGAGUGUUGUGAAAGUAUAGUAGUAACCCCUUGAGUUGUGUGAAAAAGCCAGUAUUUUACCCAUCAUUGAUUUUUUGUGAUGUGUGGGUGGACUAAAAUAACACAGACAGGUAAUAUAAUUAUUUGGCGAGUGAGCUAUUAGAAUUUGGCGAUUUUUAAUUUGACGUCUUAGGCUACUACAGCAAUUAGGUCCACUAAUUUGGCAGUUUUGAAAGUGCCAAAUGAAAACCAGUUACAGUUUGCAUUUUGCAGGCCAUAGCAAGUAAUUUUGUUGGCCUGUUACUAACAAUCAUAACAGAAGCCAACCUAUAUUUAUUUACUACAUUGUGGUUGCAGUGCUCUUGCAGUAUAGCCUGCAAAGGUAAGGAAAACCACUGUAUAUGAUUUCCAAAUUCCCCUAAGUGCAUGGGAAAUGUGGCAAUCACUAAUUAAGACACUAGACAGUUCCUAGAAUAGUACAUGACUGUAGUCUUUGCAAAGCAGAACAGCAGUGAAUCAGAAGAGCUAGUGCAGCAUCCAUUUACAAUAUGCUGUCUAGAAAUAUUCUCAGCUGGUUUGUGCUGCUCCUGACCCUAGCUACUGUUACCAGGAGUGAGCACUAUCACAUUGUGCCAGUGGAUUCAACCGACUUGUGUCAUGAUUAUCGAAAUGAAACUUGUUUUACUCUCGAGCAGCUUGUUCAAACAAACCUGUUAUCUGGUGGAGACAAUCUCACCUUGAGCUUUCUACCUGGAGAUCAUGUGCUAACUGAGCAGUUAUUGAUUCGUAAAUUCUCACAUGUGCAUAUUACCGGCCAGAACGACAGUACAACUAUAGUCAGAUUUCACAGCAAUGGUACGAUGCGUUUUGUUAGUACUACUGAAUUAUAUAUUGAACACUUGGGUUUCGUUGGAGCGAAAAUUGGACUGCAAAACUCACAUAAAAGUUGGAUCAUUGAUGGUGCCCACGAUGUCUAUGUCAAUGACUGCUACUUUAUGAACUUUGUACUACUCAAUCCGGCGGAAACCCACAUAGUUAAGAUUUCUAAUACUCAAGCUGCAACAAUUGAGAGCACUCUCUUUAUGAACAACACUGGUCAGGCACUGCACGUUGAGGCUGAUGAUGUGUACAUAACAAAUAGCGAGCUUACUAGAAACAAUGGAGGUGCAGUUGACAUUGAAUCAAACAACACACUGAUCAACAACACAGAGUUCAACUAUAACAGUGCUGAGAGAUUCAGUUCUUCGAGCGGAGGAGCAGUACAAGUGGGAUCUGGAACUGUAGUGAUCACUUGGUGUAACUUCACAAAUAACAACGCUUCUCAGUAUGGUGGAGCAAUAUAUGUUGACUCAGGCAGUGUGACCAUCUCCAACUGUGAGCUGACAAACAACAGUGUUAACUUUGGUGGGGCGAUUUAUGUUCAGUCCGGUAGUGUGUCUAUCAUCAAAAGUGAGCUGACAAACAACAGAGCUCACAAUAAUGGUGGAGCAAUUGGUGUUAACUUAGGCAGUAAUGUGUCUAUCUCCGACAGCACACUGACAAAUAACAGAGCUGAAGUUUGUGGUGGAGUAAUUCUGGUUGACUCAGGCAGUGUGUCUAUCUCCAACAGCACACUGACAAACAACCAUGCUGACUCUGAUGGUGGAGUGAUUCGUGUUACCUCAGGCAAUGUGUCCAUCUCCAACAGCACACUGUCAAACAACAAUGCUGGCGGUAAUGGUGGUGGAGUGAUUAAUGUUUACUCAGGCAAUGUGUCCAUCUCCGACAGCACACUGACAAAUAACAAUGCUAACUAUGGUAGUGGUGGAGCAAUUAGUCUUAAUUCAGAGAACACAGACUGCUUUGGUGGAGGGAUUAUUGUUGACUCAAGUGAAUCUAGUGUGAUCAUCUCCGACAGCACACUGACAAACAACAGAGCUAGUUAUGGUGGAGCGAUUGGUGUUUACUCAGGCAAUAGUGUGAUCAUCUCAAACAGCACACUGACAAAAAAUAGUGCUAACCAAGAUGGUGGAGCGAUUAUUGUUGACUCAAGUAGUUUGAACAUCUCCGACAGCAUACUGACACAUAACAGUGCUACUGACUCUGGUAGUGGUGGAGCAAUUGAUGUGGCCUCAGGCAGUGUGACCAUCUUCGACAGCACACUGACAAGCAACAGAGUUAACAAUAAUGGUGGAGUAAUUAAUGUUUACUCAAGUAAUGUGUCGAUCUACAACAGCACACUGACAAAUAACAGAGCUAAUAAGAGUGGAGUAAUUGAUGUUUCACAAACAGCCACCUUGAUCAUCAAUAACACUAACAUUACUAAUAACAAUGCCAUGGUCAGUUUAUACAUUUUACAGUCUAAUGUGAAAUUCACUGGAUCGAAUAUUGUCAGCAAUAACAAUGGCCCUGUCUAUGCUUUCAAUAGUCGAGUUGAUUUUAAUGGACCUACAACACUCAGUAACAAUCGCGGUGUGUUUGGUGGAGCUCUCAGCAUUAUUCAGAGUCAAAUGUACAUUAACACAGGAAGAGUGAUCAUCAUCAACAACACAGCUACCUCUGGAGGAGGGAUAUUUCUGAGAGAGAGUACACUCUUUGUAAAUAAGGAGUCUUCACUAAAGAUCAAUCAAAACAAAGCACACAAGGAUGGUGGAGGGAUUUAUGCAUAUUCAAGCAGACUUGAGUUCCAAUCUGUGCUGAUGCGUGGUCCAUCUGGUGAGCUACUUCCACCACAUACACAAUGUGAGAUUGCUCACAACAUUGCUGAAAAUGGUGGAGGUAUUAAUGCAGUAGCUACAACCAUUAAACUAGCAUCUUCAUAUGUCAACAUCGACUCAAACACCGCAAACACUAGUGGAGGUGGAGUGUAUCUACAGCAAAAUUCGAAACUGUACCUCUUUAAAGAUCAAUUUGAGCAUCUUAUUAUAGCUUAUCAAUCAUAUUAUCAGUAUUAUGUCAAGUUAAUGAUUAACAACAACUUGGCUCAGUACGGUGGAGGGAUAUUUGUGGCAGAUGAUACAGAGAGUGGUGCCUGCAGAGGAGGGGCCAACAAAACUAAAAACAAAGCUACUCAAAACAUUUUUGCGGAUUGUUUCAUUCAAACAAUUUUGUUAAGUACUGAAUCAGAUGAUACCCCCGACAAUAGUAACUAUUUCAACACAUUCAUGUAACAAC